AACUGCUAAUAUGUUCGAAAAUAAGUUUAAGUAAAAUUCCAAAAAAGUAUUUAUUUUUUUAUAACUUUUUAUCAGUUGCCACUUAGUGCAUCUCAUCAAAACUACGGUUAAUAUCACUUUUUAAUUAUAAAUAAAGUGUUAACUUAAAAUUAAAAAAGUGUUACAAAGUUAUAAAAGCAAAUAUAAUAAAUUUGAAUACAAAAGGAAAAAAAUGUCGACCACCUCGUCUGUCGAAACACCAACAUCUCCAACGGGUCCAUUGCAACCAAAUCAAAAUCAUCACCUACAUACAACAACCGCAAUUGUUGUUAAUUCUGGCACUGCAUACAAUCAUGCCAUCACUAAACGCACUCAUUCGUCAUCAUCGACUAACUCAAAUUCUGAUGGAGCAGCAGUAGCACCAGCACCACCAAUAACAAACAAUAUGAACAAUACAAAUGUUGGCAACAAUAUCAUACAAAAUCAUAAUCAAUCCACCCAUUCAUCUUUGACCUUAUCCUCUUCCACAUCUUCAUCACCUUCCGUUUCGGCAUCUACUUCGGCCGCUGUGCAUCAAUUGCAUUCGUAUUCGCAGUAUGCAGCAAGGCCAACAACGUCAUUGUCGACCUCCAUAGCUGCCGUUACCAAUACAGUCAUUAAUAACAACACCAAUACCAACAAUACAACGCCAAACAGCAUUAAGCGCCAUACAGACGUAUCUGUCUGUUCGUCCUCAUCAUCUUGCUGCUCCAGUUCCGGUUUGGUUCCAGCCACUGGAGUAACUGUUAUAGGAAAUUCAGCAAAUGCUGCCACUUGUACCGUUACUCCAGCUGUUGUCAACAGCGGUGGAAGUGCACUGAUUACACAAAAAAUGUCACGUACAAUUCCAUCAGAUAAGAUUAAUUUACGUUUGAUACUCGUUAGUGGCAAAACAAAAGAAUUCCUAUUUAAUCCAUCUGAUUCAGCUGGUGAUAUAGCACAAACAGUAUUCCUUAACUGGCCGGAAGAUUGGGAACGGGAAGCUGUCUCGAAGGCUGAAAUUUUACGUCUAAUCUAUCAGGGUAGAUUCCUACACUGUAACGUAACAUUGGGUGCACUGGGACUUCCAUUGGGCAAAACGACUGUUAUGCAUUUAGUGCCGCGUGAUAACUUGCCAGAGCCUAAUUCGCAAGAUCAAAGACAGAAAAGUAAAGGGGGUUCUAGUAGAUGUUGUUCAACGACCUGUUGUAUUUUGUAACUAAUUAGUAGUAGUAAAAGUAUAUUUAUAAAAUAUUAAAUUAUAAA